AUGAGUUCUCCAUCCUUCAUCCUGCCGGAUAGCCCACCCCCGCAGCGUGUGCUCAACUACUGGCAGUGCAAAGCUGCCGAGUCCUGUGCCGCCUCUACUGCUGCUGCUGCCACUGCUGCCGCUGCUGCCGCUGCUCCCGCACCCGCUCCACAGGAUCCAACAUCACCAGGGGGCGAGAUCCACCUACCUGGGCGCACACCGCGGCUGACAACGCUAUCAAACAACAUCAGGCAGAGGCAGGCCAAGAGGAAAUUAACCUUCGAGGAGCCUGAAGUUAGCGGCGGAGAGGAGGAGGAGGUGCUCACUCAAUCAAAGAAACGAGCUGUAAUGGACGAGGACUCCUCACUCGUGCCGUUAAUGAAGGAGGUGGAGGCUGAGUUGGACUUUGUCCAACUCAUCAACAAAUCGCAGCCGAAACCGUGGGUGCCGCUGCGAGAGUUGAAGGAACGCUCUCCCUACCCCAUAGUUGCUGCGAGGGAGGACACAAACCAGCACGGUCGGCGUGUAAUUUUAAAAAUAAUCCAUGCAGGAAGCAAAUGUGAGGUGUAUCUACCUCAAAGAUUUGCUUCCUGCAUUGAUACACCGAAGAUUGAACAUUUCAACAAAAAUUGCAAACAUUAUGUGUUAGUAGUAACACAUAAGUCUCCAAAUGGACAGAUAUAA